AUGCGGGUGCGGUGGCUGCUCUUUUGGCUCCUCCUGCUGGGAUUUCUCAGCCAUCAGUCGACCUAUGUUAUCAAUUCUCUGCCUGACCAUUUUCAGCCUGGGCCUGACUUUUUUGGAAUUCCUUGGAUAGCUAUCAUUAUUGUGUUUCUGGGUAAUUACCAUCUAACCCUGUUGAAGUGUGCAGUUCACUUGUGUGAAGUGUCUUUCCUCAAGACUGUCUUAAAGUUACAAAAUGUACAUGACAGAUCCACAGAUGUACAGCGGAGAGCCUGGAGGUCCAAUAGCCGUAGCCAAGAAGGAAUUAAAAUUGGCCUAGAAGACCUCUUUACUUCAUGGAGAUAUAUGGAAGCCAAAGUUCGAGCUGAAGUCCAUAAGGUGACAAUGAAGGUCAACAGUCAUUACCAAAUCCAUGGACAGAGGAAGACUACCGAGGAAGGGAAAAUGUUUCAAGACAUGCAACAGUUGCAGUGGCGGACAGAGGACUCCUACAGAUGCAAAAUCACCCCUUAUGCAAGAAAGGCUCUUGACAACUGGAUAAGUUUGUUUGUUUUCCUUGCUUUUGGACAUAGUCUGCCAGGUCAGGACGUGGAUGUAUUUUUCUCCCCACAGCUCUGUGCUCAAGCCUUGCAGAGGGAGAUGGCCCAGAGGAAGGCUGCCUACAAGCAGCAUGGUCCCAUCCCUCUUGGUAACUGUGUGGUGCAAAAACACCUUCAUCCCCACCCAGUGGUGCCCCUGAUCUAAUAUUCUCAGU